AUGUCGGACAAAGAAAUUAGAAGGAAAGAAAGGUUUAGUGAAGAAGGUGUGCAAUUGUUAACGGAGGAAUUUUUGGGCCCGAGCUCAGAAACGCGUGGUGGUGCUCUCACAAAUAAAGAAAAAAUAAGAACAUUUCUGCGAUACAUAGGAGACCCGGGGUUCCAAAUUGGAGUUGGUGAAGACGUUGGAGUUCAUCAAUCUACGGUCUCUAGAGUGGUGCAGCAAGUUUCUGCAGAAAUUGCAAGCCAGUCCAAGAAUUGGAUUAUAUUCCCACAUACUGUGGAAGAAAUACUAGAAGCGCAAAGGUUAUGUAGCUCGAAGUACGAGUUUCCUUGUGCAAUUGGUGCUUUAGAUUGCACUCAUGUCCGAAUAAGGAAACCUUUGACCUAUCAUGAGGAGUACAUUAACCGUAAGGGAUAUUACUCCAUUAAUGUUCAAGCUUCAUGCAAUGCGGAAGAAAAGUUUACAAGUGUUGAAGUUUGCUGGCCAGGAUCCGUACACGACUCCCGAAUACUUCUUGGUGAUGAAGGUUAUGGCAUUACUCCAUGGUUAAUGACCCCAUUUAAAGAAACGAAUAAUGACAUCAAACGUAAUUUUAAUGCUGUUUUGACAAAAGAAAGAGUUAUUAUAGAGAGAUGCUUUGGACAAAUCAAACAGAGAUUUCCUAUUUUGCAAUAUAAAGUUCGAGUGAAGCAAGAAACCAUUCCAAAUUUAAUAGCUUCUUGUUUUAUUUUGCAUAACUUCGCUAAGUAUUUACACGAAGACGAAAUUGUUGAUGAAAGCAAUCAAAUCAUAACUAAGCAACGAAAAGAGCUUUGA